AUGAAAGGCCAGUUUUCACUACAAAACAUCCUCAGUACUGCUCCAGGUGUGGUCGCUCCUAGUCGCCCUUCGUCCACGGCACGUUCUAGGGAUCCAAUUUCAGUUGGACUAGUCAACUAUCAUAUUGCGCUGUCCUUGUUUAACGGGUUCAUGGAAAAUCUAAAUCCAUAUAUCUGUCAGCUUGAUCCUACAUUACAUACCUUUGCAUAUGUUCAGGAGAAAUCGUCUUUCCUUCUGACCACGGUACUCACUGUUGCCGCAAAGAUCUUGAACCCUUCAGCAUAUCCUGGACUGAAAGACCAUGCAGAAACGCUGUUCUGCGAAGGGUUCCGAAGGGGGGAUAAAUCACCCGAGGUAAUUCAAGCUAUUCUCAUCCUCACAUACUGGAAAGAGCUCGAUGAUACGCGAGCAUGGUCAAAUGUUGGCUAUGCAAUCAGGUUGAGUAUGGACCUUGGUUGGCACAAUCUCUCGACCGAGGACGAUCAACAGUUCAGCACUACGCUAAAUAGUACAGACCAAAGGAAGAGACGAAAUGUGGAAAGGACCUGGCUUGUAUUGUUCGUUUACGAUCGUAGCAUAAGCCUACAAACAGGCAAGCCUCGAAUGAUCGAUCGAAGUGUUUUCCUCGAGUCAGUGGACAUCUGGUACCGCUCUCCAGGGGCCUUGGCAAGCGAUGUUCUCCUAUGUGCAUUCGUCUCGCUCAGACUGUUGACAUCGGAAGUUUUCGAGCUGCUCGAGAGCCAACGAACCACAAGUCCACGAUCUCAGAUGCAUCAACGAGACUCGCUACUGAAGAUCAUCGAGAAGCAAGUCGAAGCAUGGCAAGAACACUGGUUACAGAUCGCCGAAGAAGGUGCGUUCGGCGACGAUGAAUCUCUAGACUUUUCUGACACCCACCCACACAGUUGGUUGCGAAGCCUGCAACAAGCUUCUGAUAAAGUUCUACGGCAUCCAUCUAAGAUUGCUUCUUUCGUCAUUUUCCCUCAAGCCUCCGUUGACGUUACCAUCAACCGCGGCCGCGAUGAGGACGGCGGCAAUCUGGACUAG